CGGCGGCGGGGGGGGGGGGGAACGCCUCCAAAAGCUGCCCGCGGGACCCGGAUGCAAAACUAGGCUGACGCGCGCAAUGUGUCACGCAUGGUGCCCUCCCAGCUUGCUGCAGCUUCCCUCCUUCUGACACUCCCUCCGAGAGCCACACUUCCUCCUGUACUUUACUUCCGAAGGCGGCUCCUUUCUAAGCAUUCAAAGAAACCGGAGGAGGAGAAGGAAUCCUGCCGCAGGGGAAUCUGAUCAAGGCAACAAUGAACAUUGAACAUGAAAUCGGCCUUUUAGUUGAAGAGAUUCGGAGACUGGGAACCAAAAAUCCUGAUGGGACACUGAGUGUGAAGUUUGGCGUGCUCUUUGCUGAUGACAAAUGUGCCAACCUUUUUGAAGCUUUGGUGGGGACUCUUAAAGCUGCAAAACGAAGGAAGAUUGUUAGUUAUCCUGGAGAGCUGCUUCUGCAAGGUGUUCAUGAUAAUGUUGACAUUUUGUUACUGCAGGAAUAGCAUAGCUUUCUAGGUUCAUUAUUUUUUCAGACAAAUGAAUAUACAGAAUUCUCAGACCAAGGCCAAAUUUGCAUGAAGGUGUAUUUUGUUAUAUAUCUUUAUAAUGAAAAUGAAUGUACUCCUUUGGGGACCUAAGCCUUUCCUUUCCUUUCUAUCAUUUUGUGAAUGCAUUACUGCAAAUGAGUGUUGGAUAAAAUGAUAUAAUGAUCUCCCUUUUUUUUUGUCUCAGGUAUUGCAUUUUUAAACUGUCCAGAUGGUUAUUAAUGUUUGAACAGGAGAUUUUACAAAUAAUUUAGCUGUAUUUACUAGCUAAAAGUCUGAUGCAAAGGCACAAAGCCUCGGUGGCCAUGCUUUUCUUUCUUUCUUUCUUUCUUUCUUUCUUUCUUUCUUUCUUUCUUUCUUUCUUUCUGCUUUUAUUUUUUUUAUCUUUGUAACUAGGGUAGCCACUAAGAUAUUGGCCGCCCCCCAAAGGACACAGAUGUGUAUGAGCAAGUAAAUAAAGCUGCAGAUUUAGAAAUAAUUAAAUAAUUACUGUAAUUUAAGUAGAAAUACAAUACCUCUCACCACAGUGGGGAAGGAAGACUCCUCAGUCUGUUAUCUAGGUGCUAAGCCCUGAAGGCCAACUUCAGGGCACUUCCUGUUCUUGAUUUUAAUGGUCCUUUAUCUUGAAGCCAGGCUUGGACAAGGCAGCCCUUCAAACCAGCAUCAAUUACUCUAGGCAAAACAAAGUAAUAGAACAGAAGGACACACACACACACAAAGAAACUUGUAAAAGUCUGUAUUUAAUAGACUCUUCCCAUGUGGCAUUUGAGAGGCACAACACAGUACAGUCAUACCUCGGUUUAAGUACGCCUCGGUUUGAGUAUUUUCAGUUUAAGUACUCUGUGGACCUGUCUGGAACGGAUUAAUCCACUUUCCAUUACUUUCAAUGGGAAAGUUCGCUUCAGGUUAAGUAUGCUUCAGGUUAUGUACGGACUUCUGGAACCAAUUACACUCAUACCUCGGGUUAAGUACGCUUCAGGUUGAGUACUCCGCGGACCCGUCUAGAACAGAUUAAUCCACUUUCCAUCACUUUCAAUGGGAAAGUUCACUUCAGGUUAAGUACGCUUCAGUUUAAGUACUUCACGGACCGUCUGGAAUGGAUUAAUCCACUUUCCAUUACCUUCAAUGGGAAAGUUCGCUUCAGGUUCAGUACGCUUCAGGUUAAGUACAGACUUUCGGAACCAAUUGUGUUUGUAAACCGAGGUACCACUGUAGUCUUAUGUGAUGUAUCUCUUUCUGCCCUGUAGCACUUCAGAGGAGUUGUGCAAGGGAUAGAAAAUGUCUUAGAGGCCAGAUAAACAAGAUAACUGCCACAACACUUUCAUUUUGAAUGACCGCUGUGUAGGAUGAUUAUUAGAGAGCCUGAUUCCUCUAAAGAACUUGACGGUGCUACCCCUCUGGAAAAAUGGGCAACUGACACCUGUUGUCCCCCAGGGAAAUUGAGUGGACCCCUAUAGACUGCAGGCUGCUGGAGAACACCGAUGAGUGUAUAAGGGGGAAAGGGCUCCCUCUUUUUAACUUGAAGCCUCUGUGGAGAUUGUAGUUUCUUAAGGGUGCUUGGAAUUGUUGAUCUGUGAGGGAUAUGCUAUGUGAUUCUUGGGGAGAGUGUGUGUGCUUUAAAUGUGCUUUGAAUGAUGGGAGGAGCAUCUCAUGAAAGAAGAAAGAAAGUGUUGUACUGGAGAAUCAGCCAAAAACAAACAAACAAACAAAAAACCUGUUCUACAAGCACGUUCCAUGAUCUUCCACUUCUCUGCUCAGGGUAACUGAUCUGUUCUUCAAAUGUGUGUCAUUUGUUCAGAGAAGUAAUGUGACAUUUCUGUACCAAUAAACAUUCAAGGGGAAUAUCCAAUAGCUUUAAGGAAGUGGCAGUACAAUAACCAUCCAUAUUUUGCUACUUACCUUCUAAGUCUGUGGUGAACUUCUCUCCAUAGUUCAGUUAUGAACUUGAAAUGCACUGAUGAGUCUGUUGGUUUUGCACUUUCUUUCUCUACUGAAUCAGUGGCAAAGUGGUUGUCUGUGAAAGCUUGCCAACAGUCCUGAAAGCUCCAGCUAAAAUAGUAAAAAACAAACAAAAAACAGACAAACAAACAUGAUAGUUAUUUUUGCCAUCCUUUCUCUGUGUAAACAAAUUAGCUUUGACUCGAGAGACUUUACUUUGUAUGUUUGCAUCAGCAGAAUUUGAUUCAAUAAAAGUUUCAACUUUCCCCCUGCUCUACAAUAAAUAUUUUCAAGUCUACAAA